GCGAUGGAUUCGGAAUCUCGCCCGCAAACGCGCAAGCCCGAGAGGCUGUGUGCGGUGCGUGGUGCGUGAGCCCCCAGCGCAGGCCAGGAUGUUCGUCCUGGUGGAGAUGGUGGACACCGUGCGGAUCUCCCCUUGGCAGUUUGAGAGGAAGCUCAACGACUCCAUUGCCGAGGAGCUGAACAAGAAGUUGGCCAACAAGGUCGUGUACAACGUGGGACUCUGCAUUUGUCUGUUUGAUAUCACCAAACUGGAGGAUGCCUAUGUAUUCCCUGGGGAUGGCGCAUCACACACCAAAGUCCAUUUUCGCUACGUGGUGUUUCAUCCAUUCCUAGACGAGAUUCUGAUUGGGAAGAUCAAAGGCUGCAGCCCGGAAGGAGUGCACGUCUCUCUAGGCUUCUUCGAUGACAUUCUCAUCCCCCCAGAGUCACUGCAGCAGCCAGCCAAGUUCGACGAAGCGGAGCAGGUGUGGGUGUGGGAGUACGAGACGGAGGAAGGAGCGCACGACCUCUACAUGGACACUGGCGAGGAGAUCCGCUUCCGGGUGGUGGACGAGAGCUUUGUUGACACGUCCCCCACAGGGCCCAGCUCAGCAGAUGCCACCGCUUCCAGUGAGGAGCUGCCAAAGAAGGAGGCUCCGUACACGCUUGUGGGAUCCAUCAGUGAGCCAGGCCUGGGCCUUCUCUCCUGGUGGACCAGCAACUAGCCCUGGGGGGCAGGUCAGUGGACCCUACCAGCCUGCGGGAAGGUGGUACGGCCGGCUGUGAAGACAACAGCAGCUGAGGCCGAUGCUAAGGAGAUAGUGUCUCGAGCUGGACAGUGAGGCAAGGCCAGGAGUGCCCACCAGCUUGCCCCCCUCCUCCACCAUCUAGGCCCUGCUCCUCCCCCCAGAGCUUCUCAAGUCGCUGCUUUCAGUGACAGCAAAGCCAUUUAAUAAACAAUGGCAGCAUCAGAA